AGGAUAACUUUGUAAGGAAAAGAGAAGAGAGAUGAGUUGAAGGGAGAAAAGUUUGUAAAAGGAGCCCAGGUAGGGAGUGAUAUGUGUGUCUGUGUGUCUGUGAAUGUGUGUCUGAGAGAAUUUGGCUCAGAAGAAAAUGCCCAUGCUUCCCUCAUCUACUAGCAUUGAGAGGAGGUGCGGUCGAAAGAAAGAAACCUGAGCUUUUUUUCCCUGGGCAGGAAAUUCAAAGGAACCAGAGAGAAAUUAGCUUCAUUCUGUAAGGACUAGAGGAGGGAAAGAGGAGGAAGAUUAAGGAGGAAGAGUGUGGAAGAUCAUACACAGUGGGUGGGGGGUGGGGGUGGGGAGCAGAAAGCCAAAUUGGAAGGUGAAGGAAGCAUCAGACUGCAGGUUACGAUGAAGGAGAGCCUUAGUGGAAGUUUAAUGUCCUGACAAAGCAGCUGUCCCAAUCCAAGUGACUACAGUACUUUCAUUAGCUGUCUCCUCUUCUUGCCUCACUCCCCAUCCCUAUUCUGGUGUGACACCUCCUCCCUCUAUAUUAGCUUGCAGUUCUGUGGAUGAGCCAGGGGAGGUAUGCUGGGCUUAACGGUCCUGGGAAUGACAGUUGUGGUUCUGACUGGUGGGGUGUUCAGCGUGGCAGACUCGGACCUGGGCUGGGAACAUAAGCAGUCCUUGGUCCUCAGGCGGCAGAUGAACCAAGUGUCUGCAGAAGGAGAACCUUGCUGGCUGGGGACUAGGGCCCGAAGACCCCGAGCUGCUCCCCUGCAUCAUCUCUUCGGGGUUUACCCUAGCAGAAGAGUGGACUACUUGCAUCCCUACCCCAUCAGGGAACAGAGAAGCCCCUCUGUAGGAAAUAGUAAGCCUGGCACUGAGGCAAGGGUUACAGAUAAUUUUCAUCGAGAUGAAUCUCAAAGGCGAGCAAGGAAUAUACCCACACUACUGAACAGGAGUCGAGGUGGGGGCAUUCUAGUUCCACAGACAGGGGACAAUCCUAGUGAGCAGUCUGAUGACAUUCACUUUGGGAGUCAAGGCUUCUUGGAGUCUCUGAGUGAGUCUGGGACCAAAGAAAGAGCUGCUGUCGGCACUGGAGCCCCUUCACACCCACAAGGAUCAGAACCACAAUCCCAAAGAAAGGGGAAAGUGAGGGUCAGACAUCGGAGACAGGCACAGGAGAAGAAUGCAGAGAACUUGGGGGAAAACCCCAGCUGGGGAGGAGCAACCUUGAACUCCCAAGAAGGGUUGCCUAUCCUGUACUUCUCUGGGAGGCGGGAACAGCUGUUGGUUCACCCAGAGGUGAUGGUUGAGAUUCCCCGGGAAGCAUUCACGAUUGAAGCCUGGGUAAGACCAGAGGGAGGGCAGAACAACCCAGCCAUUAUAGCAGGUGUGUUUGACAACUGCUCCCAUGCUGUCAGUGACAAGGGCUGGGCCUUGGGUAUCCACUCAGUGGAGAAUCAUGGGAGGAAGGAUGCUCGUUUCUUCUUUUCUCUCCGCACGGACCGUGUGAAGAAGGCUACAAUCGUGACUGGGCAUAGCCGCUACUUGUCAGCUACAUGGACACAUUUAGUGGCCACUUAUGAUGGACGCCGCAUAGCUCUGUAUGUGGAUGGAGCUCAAGUUGCCAGUAGCCUGGGUCAGUCUGGCCACUUGCACAGCCCAUUUAUGGCAUCUUGCCGUUCUUUAAUCCUGGGUGGGGACAGCUCAGAGAAUAGGCACCAAUUUCGUGGGCACAUGGGCACUCUGACUCUCUGGAAUACAGCACUUCAACAAAGCCAGCUCCAGCAGAGUUUCUUGCAGCCAAGUGGGUAUGGGGACUUAGCUUCCUUGGCACUCAGUGCUAAUUUUGCUCCAAUGGAACAGCAAUGGGUAACCUUUAAAGAUGGGGAAUUUCCAAGACUUGAGAUGCUCCAGGAUCCAGAGCCUGAGCCUGAGAUUUUGUACCCUCUCAUGCCUCCACCCUGUGGGCAAACUGCCUGUGACAAUGUGGAGUUGAUCUCCCAGUACAACUGGCACUGGCCACUGAGGAGCGAGAAGGUGAUCCGUUACCAAGUGGUGAACAUAUGUGAUGAUGAUGGACUGCACCCUACUGUCAGCAGUGAGCAGAUCACCCGUCAGCAUCAGGCAUUGCGUGCAGCCUUCAGUCAGUACAACAUCAGCUGGCAACUGAGCAUCCAUGAAGUGCGUAACUCCACCUUGCGCUAUCGGGCUGUCCUGGUGAACUGUGAGCCCAGCAAGAUUGGCAAUGACCACUGCGACACUGAGUGUGAGCACCCGCUUACUGGCUAUGAUGGGGGUGACUGCCGCCUUCAGGGACGCUGCUAUUCAUGGAAUCGAAGGGAUGGUGUGUGCCACAUGGAGUGCAACAACAUGUUGGAUGACUUUGACGAUGGUGACUGCUGUGACCCUGAUGCGACUGAUGUACAGAAGACAUGUUUUGACCCUGACUCACCCAAGAGGGCUUACAUGAGUGUGAAGGAGCUGAAAGAAGCUUUGCAACUGAACAGCACCCACUUCCUCAAUGUCUACUUUGCCAGUUCAGUGCGGGAGGAUCUGGCAGGUGCUGCCACCUGGCCUUGGGACAAAGAAGCCAUCAGCCACCUUGGUGGUGUGGUCCUCAACCCAACCUAUUACGGCAUGCCUGGCCAUACCAACAUCAUGAUCCACGAAGUAGGACAUGUCUUGGGGCUGUACCAUGUUUUCAAAGGGGUCAGCGAAAGGGAAUCUUGUGAUGAUCCCUGCAGAGAGACUACGCCAACCAUGGACACAGGAGACCUUUGUGCUGACACAGCCCCCACGCCCAAAAGUAAGCUGUGCCAGGACCCAGAACCUACUAAUGACACCUGUGGCCAAAACCACUUCUCUGGGACACCAUUCAACAACUACAUGAGCUAUACAGAUGAUGACUGCACUGAUCACUUCACCCCAAACCAAGUGGCCCGAAUGCAUUGCUAUUUGGAUCUGGUGUAUCAACAAUGGAGUGACAGCAAAAGACCCACCCCCAUCCCAAUUCCACCAGUGGUCAUUGGACAGACGCAAAAUUCCCUCACCAUUCACUGGCUGCCUCCCAUUAGUGGAGUUCUGUAUGAAAGGGAUGCUGGCAGUCUGUGUGGAGUGUGCACAGAAGAUGGGACUUUCCGCCAAUAUGUCCAUUCUGCUUCUUCACGUCGUGUGUGUGAUUCUUCAGGUUACUGGACUCCGGAGGAGGCAGUAGGGCCCCCAGAUGUGGACCAACCCUGUGAGCCAAGCUUACAGGCCUGGAGUCCAGAACUCCAUCUGUACCAUAUGAACAUGACAGUCCCUUGUCCAGCAGAAGGCUGUAGUCUGGAGCUGCUCUUCCUCCAUCCAGUCCAUGCAGAUAGCCUUACACUGUGGAUCACCUACCUCUCCAUGGAUUCCUCCCAAGCUCUCUUUGACAUGGAGGUCUUAAUGGAAAACCAUGAGUCUAUUCAUCUGGGACCCUUGGACACCUUCUGUGAUACUCCCCUCACUGUCAAACUUAAUGUUGAAUGGAAAGUCUCAGGAGUGAAGGUCUACACGUUUGAUGAGAGGAUGGAAAUUGAUGCAGCUCUCCUUACCUCUAAGCCUCAUAGCCCACUGUGCUCUGGCUGCAGGCCUGUGAAGUACCAGAUCCUUCGGGAUCCCCCAUUUAAAAGCAACUCCCCUAUCAUGGUGGCACACCGUCAUCGGAAAUUCACUGAUAAGGAAGUUACUCCUGGUCAGGUAUAUCAAUACCAGAUUCAAGCUGCAGCUGGCACAGAACUGGGAGAAGCCUCUCCUCCUCUGAUCCAUAUCCAUGGCACCCCCUACUGUGGGGAUGGGCAGGUGACAGAAAGUCUGGGAGAAGAAUGCGAUGAUGGAGAUUUGCUUGAUGGAGAUGGCUGCUCUAGAAAAUGUGAGAAGGAAAAAGGCUUCAACUGUGUUGGAGAGCCAAGCCUGUGCUACAUCUAUGAGGGAGAUGGGAUAUGUGAGCCUUUUGAGAAGAUGAACAGCGUCCUAGACUGUGGCCUCUAUACUCCCAAAGGAUAUUUGGAUCAAUGGGCCACUCAGGCUUAUACAUCUCAUCAGGAUAAUAAGAUGUGCCCUGUUUCCCUGGUGACUGGGGAACCUCUUUCCAAGGUUUGCAAAUCCCACCAUCCCAAGUCACCAGAGGAUCGUUCUCUUGCUGGCUGGUUUCCCUGUAUCACUAGUGAAGGACAGAGAAAGCAGCCUGAGAUAGACCUAGAGAGGGAUGAAAAGGUCUGGCUCAAGGUAUGCUUUGACAGACCUGGUGUGGCCACCACAGUUUUCAUUUUCUUGGCAUCUGAUGGCAUGGUCUAUGGGGAAAAGCAGCAGCCAACAGUGACUCUUCAAUUGAGUGAUGCCAGUGGACAAAACCACUCCCUUGGAACCUAUGAGUUAUCGUGCCAGCAUAACCCAUUGGCUAUUAAUGUGACCCACAAUCUGAAUUUCCUUUUUCACCAAACCAACUCAGUGAUGCUUAAUUUCUCUUCACCAUUUGUGGGUAUCUCAGCAGUGGCCCUAAGGACUUCCUUAAAUAUUAACCCUUCAGCCCUCAACAACUGUGUCCCAGGUCAUGAAGGGCAUGGACACCAACGACCAAGCUGUGCCCAUCAGCCUUACAGAGAACAAGGCAGCUGUGUGCCAUUGCUACCUGACCAUGCAGAUGUGGUGAAUUGUACAUCCAGCAGCCCAGGACACAUGAAAUGUGCUGUCAUCUGUGAAAGGGGAUUCAUCCUCCAAGCUAGCAAUGGACAGAGACUAAGGCCCAUGCAGAAGGAGAUUCUGCUCACAUGUUCCUCUGGCCACUGGGACCAAGCUGUCAGUUGUGUCCCCCUUGACUGUGGUGUUCCUGACCAGUCACAUGUGUACUACGCAAGCUUCUCCUGCCUAGAAGGAACUGCCUUUCUGAAACGUUGUUCUUUCUCCUGUAUCUCACCAGCCAAACUUCAAGGAAUGAACCAGUGGUUGACCUGCCUUGAGGAUGGGCUCUGGUCUCUCCCAGAAGCUUACUGCAAAUUAGAAUGUGAUAUUCCCCCAGUCAUACCUAAUGCCAACUUGCUACUGCCUCGCUGCCUCCAGGGAAAUCAUGAUGUGGGGUCCAUCUGCCGAUACCAAUGUGAACCUGGGUACUAUGUGGCGGACAGCGCAGAAAGCAAGCCCAGCAACAAGCUUCUGAAGAUACAAUGCCUGGAGAGUGGAAAUUGGGAGCAAGGCAGCUGCAUCCCAGUGGUGUGUGAACCCCCAGCUCCCAUCUUUGAAGGCAUGUAUGCCUGUAGCAAUGGCUUCAAGCUGGGUAGCCAGUGUGUACUCAGCUGUAACCUGAAUCGACAAAGGAAGCCCAUAAUUUGCACUAAAGAAGGUUUAUGGACAGAAGAGUUUAAGCUGUGCGAUAACCUUCAGGGGGAAUGUCCUCCACCUCCAGAGCUGAAUUUAGUGGAAUACAAGUGUGAACAAGGAUAUGGAAUUGGUGCCAUGUGUACGCCAUCCUGUAUAAUCCCCCCUAGUGAUCCAGUGAUCCUGCCUGAAAACAUCACUACUGACACUGUGGAACAUUGGAUGGAACCUACCAAGGUCCAGAAUAUAGUGUGUACUGGGAGGCUAAGGUGGCAUCCAGAUCCCAGCCUGGUUCACUGCAUCCAAUCAUGUGAGCCUUUUCAAGCUGAUGGGUGGUGUGAUACAAUCAACAACCGAGCCUACUGUCAGUAUGAUGGUGGCGACUGCUGUUCUUCAACCCUCUCUUCCAAGAAGGUAAUCCCAUUUGCUGCUGACUGUGAGCAAGAUGAAUGCACCUGCCGGGAUCCCAAAGCAGAAGAGAAUCAAUAAAUGGGGCAAAAAGACCCUGUUGCUGGCCCAAGAGUCUAUGAGCCAGAGGCAACCCCCCUGGGGAAGACCUUCUGGCUAAGGGGGGCGGGGAGUGGGCGAGGAAGGAAGUCUGAAGAAAAGAAUCCUCUGGAGACCAAGACUGAUGGAAGGAAGAAGUGCCUGGAGGAGCUCGUAAGAAACAAGGGGAGGGGGAGAAGAAGAAGACGUCCUCUGAGAGAAUGCCUUUAAGUGCCAAGCAUGGCAGAAGACAUUUGAGUUACUGAUAAUCAUCAUCAUCCUGAAUCGUAAAAGGGGAGAACCUCUUUCACAUAAUGGGAUAACUACUCUUGAUGGGCCAAGAUCCCCCGUACCAUGCUCCACUCUCAUUCUCCUCUCCCACACUCUCAUCUUCUUCUCCUCCCUUACUCUCCACCCCACCCACACCCAGCUUGUCAACUCAAACUCAAAAUCAUUGAGGAGAAGCUGCCAGGGACUCUUUGUACCUUCUUAUCAUAAAUGGUCUGCCACUAGACGGCUCUGUCUUCUCUAACCUGUCUUGCUUCCUUUCUUCUGCUGCAUAGACUCCUUCAGCAGUAAUGAAUUUAGUCAUGAACUCUCUACAAGUAUUUAAGCAAAACUACAUAAAUUGCAUAAAUAUAUGAAAUAUAUGAUAUAUUUUUUGCUGUCUAUUAAGGUAAAACAAAAACCCUUUGUCACACACAUGCUGCUGUAAAAUGCAUGUCCCAAAACAGAUGCUAGGAGUCUAGGGGUAAGUGGAUAUAGCCCUUUCAUCCUUCCUUGCUUGGUUGUAGGGUCUAGACAGGGAAUAAGAGACUAUGUGAUAACUGUGAUCCUGGUUAUCCUUUGAUGGGUUGGAUUCAGGCCCUGAGAGCAGGGCUGAGCUACACAAACACUGGUUGAAAAACAACUUAGUGGGAUUGAGACCAAGAAACCUAGAUCAACCUCUCUUCCCUCCCAUGUCUAUUCAAACAGGCUAGGUUUUGCCUGGAUGUUUCAUGUCCCUAAUAUUGCACCAUCUAGAGGCAGCAUCGUAUAGAGAUUUCAGAAUUGACCUUGGAACCGGGAAGAUCUGGGUUGAAAUCCUACCUCUGACAAAUAGUGGCUGUGUGAACCAGCCAAAUCGCUUACUCUCUCAACACACUAGGCAAUUCUCUGAGACUUUGAAAUUGCAGAAAAGGUACUGACCUGCCAAAGGGGGAGUUCCCUAUACCAGUGAAAUCUCAAGUUCAAUCUCUAUCCCUACGGUCCCUAUUGAACUAUAUAGGAAAACUAGAAUGUUCAGGCUUGCAAGGACUCUUUGGUUAGUGGCUAUGUGCCUUCGACCCUAUUCCAGAAAUACAUGUGAACCAGAAAAAUUUUCAAUCCUAUUAUCUUAAAUAUGAGAUUUAGAAAACCUGAUGAGACAUAGACAUUGGAAUAUAAGAAUGAGGACAGAGACCAGAUUGAAAUCGAGGCUUAUGGGGAAGUGAGAAAUGCUAGACGAGACAGCUUUCCCAUUUCAAGGUUAUUUCACUGGAAGGAAAAUAUCACUGGCUAAGAUAGAGUCAUAUUUGUUCCUUCUUUCUAGGGCAGGUAGGGGAUUAAAGUCCCUUGCUUUCCAAGUCAAAACCUUACUGAUAUUUUCCAAAUGCAAUUAUUCUAUAUUUAAGAAGCCUCUAUCACGAGUUGGUGAGAUGGCCAGUUAGACAAACUGAAUGAUCGAGGCUUCCAGAACAUGUAAAAAUCCUGCCUGGUUCAUGGAAUUCAGUGAAAAAAAAUUAGACUUUAGAAAUUUUGUGAUAGAUUUCCUCCAUAUGUUAUUGUUCCAUUUUUUUUUUAAAGCUCAGUACCCAUUGCUGCCCUGUCUGGGGCCAUGAUCUCUCUAUAAUCAUGUUUUUCCUUUAAAGUCUCUGACUUCAAUGCCUGUAGAAGGAGAUGCUAAAGGUAUCACCUCUUGUUAGAACGUUCCCCUUCUUCUGACUCCAAGAGCACUCAGUUGACUUGGGUACCAUCCAGGGGUUUUUUCAAUCCCAAGGCUGACAGGGUAGGAUGGAAAUUGCCAAUAUGUUUAACUUGAAUAUGAAUCUCAUUCAGUCACUUAGCAACAAAUAUUUCCUUAAGACCUUCUGAGUGUUCAUUAGUGUAGCCCUAAAAAUUCGCUCUCUUCUUAUCAUCCCUGCCCUCUUUUCUAUGCCCUUGUCACAUAAGACCUCUCCUCUGACCACGAGAAGAAUUUACUUUAAAAAUAUAUAUUGGAACUAACAGUGGAGGAAAAAGACAAAGAUAAAGAUGAAGAAAACCUGAAAAUGACACAGAGCAGAUCUAUCAGCUUGAGGGUUAAAGGAGGCCCCAGCUUGGGGUGGGGAUGGGGGUGGUGAGAGGGAGACGGAGGAAGAAAUGAGUCAAGGUGACUCAGUCCCUAAACCAAGCCUGGAAGCAUACCCAGGGGGUUACUUUUGGCAGUCAGAGAUGAUCCACAGAGUCCAAAGGAAAUUCAAAUCAAACGUUGCAUGAAAAAUCUGUGACCCAUAGAUAUACACACAGCUAACUGGAGAAACACAUGGAGUUAGGGUGACACUCUGUGGGGAGGUAGGCGAAUUUCAGCAAUAUGAGACCCAUAGUCUUUACUCUUAGCCAUUUGGGCCCAAUAGUUCAGUUUUAAAGGAAGUUAGCAUAGUAAUCUGCCUGCCAAUGCAGCAAACUUAAAUAUAUAAGUCCCUGCCUUACCCUCCCACACCCCCAAACUCCCAAAGAUAGGUGUUUUGUGUUGGUAUCUGGGUAAGCCUCUAGUAGGUACAUGUUAAUUCCUCUUUAGCACCUUAGACCAGUAGCCAUGGGAAAGCAAAUACUAACCUGCUAUAGGCUCAUUUUGUACUAAAUCCAUUUUCCACUGAAAGCCUUGGAGUAAGAACAAAAAAAAAAGAGAAGAAGAAAAAGAAGAAGAAGGAAAGAUGAACUCUGGUACUCUCUAGAUCUCCUGAAGAAAUUGCUUUUUAUUUUCCCACCUGCUCUGAUCACAACAUACACACUUUGGCUCACUAACUCCCAAGCCCACCAUUUGUUUUAUCACAGAAAGAGUAAAUGGUCAGCAACUGUCAUAUUAAACAUUAUUUUCAAAGUCAACAUUUUUGAUAUACUCAAGAACACAUCUUUGUGUCACAGACCCCUUUCAGCAGACUGAUGAAGCCUAUGGAUACCUCUUCAGAAAAAAAAAUUAAAUACAUAAAAUAAAAUGCAAAGGAUUAUAAUUGUUGUGAUUGUGACAGAUACAAGAGUGGUUUGCCAUUUCCUUUUUCAGCUCA